CGGAAGAAGUGUAUGCGGAAAAGCGGCUGGAAUGUGAACACUACGGUUGGAUGCUUUGCUAACCUGCAGUGUCGCAUGGGAUAUGUCAUUCUACCGCCUUUGGGUAUCAGCUGAUGAUCUCAUUCUUAAGGAUUUGCAUACAGCACUGCGGAAAUAUGUAGAAUUUCAGCCAUUGUCUGCUUGCCAAGAGAGCUCAAUGUUGUGAAAUAGGUGUCGGGCCCUUCCGCUCCAUCCUUUUAGCAACCUGUUAGCAAAUGUUGCUUGUUGUUAGCCCAUUUUACCCAUCGAACUGGGUUCAUGUUUGAAUGACACUUCCCUUCCACAAAACUAUGACGAGUACGCCCUUGGCAUAAUUUUCAAUUAACUAUGUCAGCCAACAAGUACAUACUCCAGUAGUGGAGGACAGAACAGUAUAUGGUGUGAUGGACACGGCUGCCAGGUGUUUGGCACUAGCACUAUAGCCACCCAGGAGAAUGAAUACAGAGGAAGUGGAGCUACUGAGUGACUCCAAGUACAGGAACUAUGUGGCAGCGGUGGAUAAAGCCCUUAAGAACUUUGAGUACUCAAGUGAGUGGGCAGACCUCAUCUCUGCUCUGGGAAAGCUCAACAAGGUAUUGCAAAACAAUGCGAAAUAUCAGGUGGUUCCCAAGAAGUUGACAAUAGGCAAGCGGCUGGCCCAAUGCCUCCAUCCUGCCCUGCCCAGUGGAGUCCACCGAAAGGCCUUGGAGACCUAUGAGAUUAUCUUUAAAAUCAUUGGACCCAAGAGACUGGCCAAAGACCUAUUUCUUUAUAGCUCUGGGCUCUUCCCUUUACUCUCCAAUGCUGCCAUGUCUGUAAAGCCUGUUUUGCUGGGCCUUUAUGAGACGUACUACCUGCCUCUGGGCAAGACGCUGAAGCCUGGUUUACAGGGACUCCUCACUGGAGUUCUUCCUGGCCUUGAGGAAGGAUCGGAGUUCUAUGACAGAACCAACAACCUUUUGGAGAAAGUGGCAGCAGCAGUGGAGCAGUCGGCAUUCUACAGUGCCUUAUGGGGCAGCAUCUUGACCAGCCCGGCUGUGCGUCUCCCGGGGGUUUCCUUUGUUCUGCUGCACCUCAACCGCAAGCUCUCCAUGGAGGACCAGCUCUAUGUCAUGGGCAGUGACAUCGAGCUUAUGGUGGAGGCUGUCAGUACAUCAGUUCAGGAUUCAAGUGUGUUAGUGCAGAGAAGCACUUUGGAUUUGAUCCUUUUCUGCUUCCCCUUCCACAUGAGCCAGGCUACCCGCCCUGACAUGAUACGGAUCCUGUCAGCUGCUUUGCAUGUGGUUUUGAGAAGAGACAUGUCCCUGAACCGCAGACUCUACGCAUGGCUGCUGGGUUUUGACAACAAUGGGAUGAAAACAGGCCCCCGCAGUGCUACACAGAGCAACCCUGAAGAGCACGCAAGCCACUAUUUCAACACCUUCUCAAAAGACAUGCUUGUUCAGGCAAUGGUGGGGAUAUUGCAAGGCAAAGCACGAGGUGGAGAAGAGGAAAGCAUUCUAAUGCACGACCUCAAGCCAUUUCGCAUCCUUAUCAGUCUGCUUGAUAAACCAGAGCUUGGGCCAGCAAUCUUAGAGGACGUUCUAAUCGAAGUGUUUCGUACACUGCACACACAGUGCAAAACAGAGUUGGACCUUCAAAACCAAUGUUCUUUCCGCAAGGACCAAACACACCUUAGCAGCAAACUUCGAGAGAACAAGAAGACAGCAGAACUGAUUAAAACAGCCAAUCUCCUGUUCAACUCUUUCGAGCCAUUCUACAUGUGGGACUAUAUUGCUCGCUGGUUUGAAGAGUGCUGCAGGAGAACACUGAAUGUGCCAACAAAUAUUCUAAAGUAUGCUGGGGGUUUAUAUACUCCAGAGCUCUCCUUAGUGGAGUUCUGUCAGCUAGUUGAUUUCCUGUUGGAUGUCGUUUCCUUGCCUACUAGAAGCAUGAGGGUAAUCUGCCAGGAGACGUACAUCGAAAUCCAAACAGAGCAUCUUCCUCAACUCCUGCUGCGCAUGGUGGCGGCAUUGACCUCUCACCUGCAGACACUGGGGCUCGGAGAGCUCACACACUGCCUGCGUCUCUGCUCCAAGAUCCUUAGCAAAGUACAGCCACCUUUAGUGUCCCCUCUUGCUCUGUCUUCAAGUCCCCAAGUCCAAAUUCUUUCUAGCUCCUACGGAAAUUCUUCAGAGUCCACACAAGAUCAAAUCAGUGAUGAUAGAAUACUUCCUGUAGCUCUGGAAACACAUGCAAGUGGGGAGGUGUUUAAAGAUGUAGAAAAUCAACCCAAUCGCUCACCCAAAAGUGGCUUCGCAGACUUUAUACAAUACAAUGAGAACGGUUCCGAUACAGAACUACAGAAUCACACUCACCCUCAGAAAACAGGCAUUCGUUCCUCUGGCCCCUCUCAGCCUAAACCUGUGGACAAACCAGUCAUGCAGUGCUGCUUGGAACACUUUCAACAAUUUCUUUCUCGGUUGAUUACCUUGUAUAUUACCUCAACUCAAGUAGACAAGGACAAGAUGGACAGAGGCAUGGGGGUACAAUCAUCCAGCCUUGUAUUAGAGAGCCCCCAACAUGGGCAUGAAGACCAGACUGAUUCAUGCCCAGAUCCUGUGAUGGUGCAGAAAGAGUGUGUUUCUGCUUUUACUGCUGCCUGCCAACUGUUCUUAGAGUGUUCCAGUUUUCCAGUAUACAUUGCAGAGGGGAACCUGAAGGCCUCACCCACUCAAGAGCAAAAGUAUGACGGCGAGCAGGGAUGUCUGCCAGUGUGGCUGCAGACACUAAUGGAUGCCUCCUGUUUGGCAAGCAGCUUUUGUCUGCAAGGUGUAGCCAUUUCUCUGCUAAUGGACCUUGUAGGACUCACCCAGUCAGUGGCCAUGGUGACUGCUGAGACGGUGGCAUCCAGUGGAAGUUCCGAGUUUGCCCCGCCCAUGAGUCCAAGCCAAGGUCGAGUGGCUGUUGUUAUCCGGCCCCCACUCACUCAGGGAAUUCUUAAGUACAUUGCAAACAAGACCGAUUUCUUCAAGAAUGUGGCUCUGAUCUUGUGGGAUCAAUUGAGUGAAGGAACGCCACAGCACCAUCAACGAAGUGUGGAGCUCUUCUAUCAGCUCCACAACCUUGUACCUUCUUCCAGCAUCUGUGAGGAUGUGAUCAGUCAGCAGCUCAUGCACCGCGACAAGAGAAUUCGGCUUGAAGCUCAUGUGAAAUUUUCUGUGCUGUGGCAUUUGACACGGGAUUUAAACAUGACCAAAUCAUCUCCUUUUAAUCGCACAUUUGACAGAUCUCUUUUUAUCAUGUUAGACAGCCUAAGUUAUUGGGAUCCGUGUACAAGUUCAGUUGGCCGGGCAUGGCUUAAUCAGGUCCUUCAGCGCCAUGACAUUGCCCGGGUACUAGAGCCUCUCCUUCUUCUUCUACUGCACCCAAAGACACAUAGAGUUUCCAUUCAAAAAGUACAAGCCCAGCGGCACUGGACCCAUGUCUUUCCUGGCCUGGCAGAGCAAGAACCUAUAGACACCAGAGACCCUGGCUUCCCUGACAACCUCGGUCAUUUGCAAGGGGACCGCAUGACGGAGGGAGACUUCCCAGUCCUUGACAUCGGUGACAUGGAGCCAUUUUGCCUUACUGUGAACCCUCUUAGUGACAGUCUUUCAAUACUGAGUCUGAGCAGUGAGAAUUUACAACUAACUGGCAGAUUUCAGUCUGCUGAGCAGCAGGAGGAGCCUCAUUCUUCUGAAUCAACUGGUUCCCAAUCAUCACCAGUGGGAAAUGAAAGUUUUGAUGACCCUGAGGUUGUAAACAGCACAUGCAACAGUUCAGAACAGCAGCACAUUUCAUCAGAUAAUUUGUCUGAAGAUUCAGUAGAAGAGACUGUUUUCUCUAUUGUAAAUGAGCUUAUUGAAAAUGUUCUUAGUUUAGUAGCUGAAGAGUCUGUUGAUGUGCCAACUCAGUCCGAAGACUGGCCUCAAUCAGACUCGGAGAGCACUUCCUCAGAAAUGUCCACUGGCCCCCAUCUUGACUCCAGACCUUGUCAUAACUCUAACCAACCGACUCUGCCAGAGAUGCUGGCCGAAGGAACUCUGGAAUUCCUUGGUGUCCCUUCAACUGAUGUAGUGUCCGAGGAGAAGCACAGAGAGGGCAUCACUCGUCAUAGUUCCUCACCUUCCAUUGUCACAUUACCUGAAAACUCAGACUUGGCUAUUUCAGACCAGAACUUGCAGGUGGACAACACUCAAGCACGUAAACGUAGCCAUAGCAGCACUCAACUCAGCCUCAAAGGAAAAAUCAUGGUGAAGCUGACGGACAAAUCCACGGGGGCUAAGCCCAAGACCAAAAAGUCCAAAAGGAAGGAAGAGGAAAGGCAGAGAAAGGCAGCAAGCCAGGCUGAAAAAAUGCCAACACCGAGUAUAUUUUUUGGGGAUAGCCUCGAUCUAGAGAACUGGUACAGCUGUGGGGAAGGUGAGGUUUCAGAAAUUGAAAGUGACAUUGGCUCACCCAGUGGAUGUUCAGGUGUGAAUGUUGGAGGUGUUAGUGUUGAAGGACGUAGAUCCUCUUCUGUUCCACCUCGUUUUAAUAUACAUCCUCUGUACCAGCAUGUUCUUCUUUAUCUCCAGUUAUAUGACUCCUCCAGGACCCUGCAUGCACUUUCAGCAAUUGCUGCCAUGCUAAGGUCUGCUCCCUCAGGGUUCGUAAGUGCCAUCUCUACUACUAGCAUCAAUAAUACCUACACCCCACAACUAUCUUUACUCCAAAACCUCCUAGCUCGUCACAGGGUCUCUGUCAUGGGCAAAGACUUUUACUGCCCCAUCCCACAGGACUCCCACUCCCACUCUUUCCGCAGUGCCAUGUAUCUGGAAAUUAUCAUAUCACUAUGUCUGUACUUCCUAAGGAGCUUCUACUCUGCCCAUGUGAAGGCAGGUCCUCAAGACUUAGCCGGGAACCGGGCCAUGCAGCUGACCAGUAUAGAGGUCUUAACUCUUCUUUUCAGUGAGCUGGCCAAAGUCACAGGGGGGUCAGCAAAAGGAUUUGCUAGUUUCAUCUAUGACGUCCUAUCCAAGUGUAAAGUUCAGAAGGUAGUUCUCCAUUGCCUGCUCUCCUCUAUAUUCAGUGCCCAGAAAUGGCAUGACCAACAGUCAGCCGGUGUUAACAUAUCUACAGUGGAGGAAGGUUUGUCAGAGGACAGUGUUAUCAACUUUUCAGAGGACCAAAUGGACAGUUGUAGUGCAGUCCAGUCCCAAUUAUUAAGACUGCUUCAAAGCCUAGUUGUAUUAGAGCACAGAGUUCUUGUACCACCUGAAGAAGGAGGAGAACCAACUGCAGGAGCUGCAGGAGGUAUAGGAACAGGUAGCAGCACAGGAACUGGGUUUGAAGUCUUAGGUGGUGAAGUGGAGCAUGUCAACCCUCAGCAGCCAAUGACAUCACUACAGUACCUUCAUGGACAGCCGAUCACUGCACAGGGCAUGUUUUUGUGUGCUGUGAUCAGGGCACUGCAUCAGCACCAUGUAUGUAAAAUGCAUCCUCAGUGGAUCGGACUCAUCACAGCCACCUUGCCAUAUAUGAGGAGGAUUCUCAGAAGGGUGGUUGCAUCAGUCACCCUGCAGCUGUGCAGAAACUUGGACAAUCUUCUACACCAGUACCGCUAUGAGACUGGGAUUACUGACAUCAGACCCCAGUGGAUGGCUCUCUGUAUUCCUCCCGACUUGUUCCUGACAGUACUAGAGGGGAUUACUGCAAUCAUCCACUACUGCCUACUUGAUCCCACUUCUCAGUAUCACCAGUUACAAGUGAGUGUUGACCAGAAGCACCUGGCUGAGGCUCGAUCAGGCAUCCUGUCCAUCCUUCACACCAUCAUGUCCUCUGUCACACUGUUGUGGAGUGUCCUCCAUCAUGCUGACAGCUCUGAAAAGCCAGCUGCUGCUUCUGCUGCUUUCACUUCCAACAUCAAUUUGGGCUCUACGAAGAAAAUUCGUCAGCAAAUCCUUGAGCUGCUUGGCCCAAUCUCCAUGAACCAUGGUGCUCAUUUCAUGGCAGCCAUUGCAUAUGUCUGGAAUCAAAGAAAACAGAUCAAGACUCCAAUCAGAAAUAAGGUGAUUCCUGUAGCUAGUGAUGAACAACUGCUGCUGGUUGAACUGGUUCGGUCAGUGAGUGCCAUGCGCACUGAAACGGUCAUGCACACAGUCAAAGAGGUUCUGAAGCAGCCGCCAGCCAUUGCAAAGGAUAAGAAACAUCUCUCUUUGGAGGUUUGCAUGCUGCAGUUCUUCUAUGCAUAUGUGCAGAGGAUCCCUGUAUCCACUUUAGUUGACAGCUGGCCUUCUCUGUUAGCUCUGUUGAAGGACUCUGUGCAGUUAGGCUUGCCUGCCCCAGGACAAUUUUUAAUACUUGGUGUUCUGAAUGAAUUCAUUUUGAAGAAUCCCAAUCUGGAAAACAAAAAGGACCAGCGAGAGCUCCAGGAUGUAACGCAUAAAGUGGUGGAGGCCAUUGGGACAAUUGCAGGUUCCUCUCUGGAGCAAACAACAUGGCUGAGGAGAAACCUGGAGGUUAAGGCCUCUCCUCAGAUAGUUGUAGAUGGAGCUAACCCUGACGCAGAUGUUGAAGAUUUAAUGCUAACAGUGAUGGAGGCCUCCAGCUUUACCCCAUCAGUUUACAGCGUUCAUGCCCUCACACUGCUGGCAGAGGUGCUGGCUCACUUGCUUGACAUGGUAUUCUACAGUGAUGAGAAGGAGCGAGUCAUACCACUGCUGGUUAAUAUAAUGCACUAUGUUGUUCCCUACUUACGCAACCACAGUGCUCACAAUGCCCCGAGUUACCGGGCGUGUAUCCAGCUGUUGAGCAGUCUAAGCGGCUACCAGUACACACGCCGGGCCUGGAAGAAGGAGGCCUUUGACCUCUUCAUGGACCAUACCUUCUUCCAGAUGGAUUCAUCCUGUGUCAGCCAUUGGAGGGCAAUCAUUGACCAUUUGAUGACACACGACAAGACCACAUUCAGAGACCUUAUGACCCGUGUGGCUGUCGCCCAGAGCAGCUCCCUCAGUCUGUUCACAAACAGAGAUGCUGAGCUGGAGCAGAGAGCCAUGUUGCUCAAACGCCUGGCCUUUACGAUCUACAGCAGUGAAGUGGACCAGUACCAAAAAUACCUCCCUGACAUACAAGAACGUCUAGUGGAGAGCCUGCGUCUGCCUCAGGUACCCAUCCUCCAUGCUCAGGUGUUCCUGUUCUUCAGGGUGCUGUUGCUGCGCAUGUCGCCUCAACACCUUACUUCAUUAUGGCCCACAAUGAUCACUGAACUGGUUCAGGUGUUUUUGUUGAUGGAGCAAGAGCUGACAGCAGAUGAAGACAUAUCAAGGACAUCUGGGCCAUCUGUGGCUGGAUUGGAAACCACUUAUUCCGGAGGAAAUGGAUUUUCAACAUCCUACAACAGCCAACGCUGGCUCAACCUGUAUCUGUCAGCCUGCAAACUUCUGGACUUGGCCCUGGCCCUGCCGCCUGAAAGCUUGCCUCAGUUCCAAAUGUACCGUUGGGCCUUUAUCCCUGAAGCUUCAGAUGAUUCUGGAAUGGAGGUCAGACGCCAAGGGACUCAUCAGCGGGAGUUUAAACCCUAUGUGGUUCGACUAGCUAAACUGCUGAGGAAACGAGCUAAGAAAAAUCAAGAAGAUGAUUGCAUCACUCGGACCCUUUCCUGGGAGCCAGGACACCUGACGCUAACCCUUUAUGUAAUCCGCAGCAUGGAGCAGCUACUUCCUUUCUUCAACCUCCUCAGUCAGGUGUUUAACAGUAAAGCCAGCAGCCGCUCAUGCCCUGCUUUCGCUCACAACCAUGCAGUUGGCUCCCUUCCUGCCCAAAAGGAUGGCCACAAACUGGAAAGCCAGAAAGUGUUUUGGAGUCGAGCUCGACAGAACAUUGAGGAACUGGUAGAGAAAGAUUUUCUGGAAGGUCUUAUCAAGACGUGAGGACACAGAGGGUUCACACAUUCUGAUCAGCACUAGUGAAAAACCUCAACUUGUAUAGCAGCAAUGAGGGAAUACAAUUAAGGGAAAAUAAUUUGUACAUUUUUUUUUUGUAUUUAUAGUUAUUUUACAUUUCAAAAGCUGUUUCAUUUUAAUUAUUUGUACAAGGAGAAGCCUUGAUGGCUACAUUUUAAUAUUCCAUGUUAGUCCUAGAACUAGGACAAGGAAAGGUGUUGUGUCAUUCCAUAUCGGUGAGACUUAAUAAAGAUUUCUAACAGAAA